GCGUCGCGGGCGGCCUCACCAACCUGUCCAAGAUGCCGGCCUGUAACAUCAUGCUGCUGGGGGCGCAGCGCGUCGCGGGCGGCCUCACCAACCUGUCCAAGAUGCCGGCCUGUAACAUCAUGCUGCUGGGGGCGCAGCGCAAGACCCUGUCGGGCUUCUCCGCCGCCCGCCUCGUCGCCGCCAAGUGCACGUUGGCCGCCAGGGUGGACAGCUUCCACGAGAGCCAGGACGGGAAGGUGGGUUACGACUUAAAGGAAGAAAUCGAGCGGAAAUUCGACAAGUGGCGGGACCCCCCCCCGGUGAAGCAGGUGAAGCCGCUGCCGGCCCCCUUGGACGGGCAGAGGAAGAAGCGAGGGGGGCGCAGGUACCGCAAGAUGAAGGAGCGGCUGGGGCUGACGGAGAUCAGGAAGCAGGCAAACAGGAUGAGCUUCGGGGAGAUCGAGGAGGACGCCUACCAGGAGGAUCUGGGCUUCAGCCUGGGCCAUUUGGGCAAAUCGGGCAGCGGGCGCGUGAGGCAGACGCAGGUGAACGAGGCCACCAAGGCGCGCAUCUCCAAGACCUUACAGCGCACGCUGCAGAAGCAGAGCGUGGUUUACGGAGGCAAAUCCACCAUCAGGGACCGCUCCUCGGGCACCGCCUCCAGCGUCGCCUUCACCCCCCUGCAGGGUUUGGAGAUCGUCAACCCUCAAGCGGCUGAGAAGAAGGGGGCGGAGGCGAACCAGAAAUAUUUCUCCAGCAUGGCCGAGUUCCUCAAGGUCAAGAGCGAAAAGGGGGGCGGGGGGGGCCUGACGCCCCCCCAAAAUAUGUAG